AUGAAGAAUAUUGAAUCGAUAUGUCAUAAAUGUGUAAAUUACGAUUCUCACAACCGAAUUAUCAAAAAAUAUAAACCAAAAAAUGUAUCGAGUUGUCAAUAUCCUGUUACCAAAAAUAAUUUUGAUGGACUCUUUAACAUUAUAUGGGAUGAUUACAUGUUAAAAUAUAAUCUCAUGUCAUCACCAAUAUACCUUAGUGGUAUUAAUAAAUAUGGUGAAUUUGUAGAUAAAGAAAACAAUAAAAAUAAAAUAUAUAUAGAAGAAAUAACAUAUGAUAAUUUUAAAUCUUUAUUAAAAAAUGACCAAAAAAAUAUCUUAGAUUAUUGUGAAAUAGGAAAAUAUGAGAAAAUAAUUAACACCAAUGAAGUAUUGAAAAAACAUAAUAUCAAAUUACAGAUAUUGAGAAAAAAUAUAUGUGAGAAAAUGAAAGAAGAAUUACCUAAAAAAAAAACUUUUUUAAUUGAUUUAAUAAAAAACAAUAAAAAUUCUGAUUUAUUAAUGUAUAAAGAAUUCAUAUACAAUUUUCUAAGAAAUGAAAAUAUCUUAAAUGAGUUUGGUAAAGAAAAAAUAGUUGAUUUAGAAAAAAAACGUUUAAAAACUUUGGAAAAAAUAUCAGUAUCAGAUUGGUUUAAAUGGUGGAGAUACUUACUAAACAAUCUGAAUAAUUUGAAUAUCAUCGAUAUUUUUUGGAUUUUUAAAAAAAUCGAAGAAUUAGAAGUAUAUACCAAAGAUAAAAAUUUUUAUAAAUUAAUCAUAUCAACAUUUGUCAAAAAUCUAAUCAAGUGUAAUCAAGAAUACGAAAAUAUAUGCAUACCUGAAAUACUCAAAAUGAUCAAAUCUGAAAUUAAUUGUAAAACAUUGACUACUGAUGGAUUAUAUAGUUUAUUAUUAAAAAAUGAAAAUUUCAAUAAAUUGGUCAAACUAAAUAUCAAUGAAUUAAACGAAAUACAUUAUUUCAUGACAAUACAAAAAACAAAAUUAAAAAAAGCAUGCAUGACUGAUUUUAUCAUUGAUGAAUUUUCUACAAACAAUAGAUUUGAAAAUUUUUUCGAGCAUGGUAACUACGAACCAUACUUUUGGAAAGAAUUAGAAAUAUCUGAAAAUGAUAAAAAUAUCAUUGAAAAAAAUUGGUUCAAAAACAUGGAUAGAUUAAUAAAAUUAGAAAAAAAAACAAAUAUGAAUCAAUACAUCGAUAGAUUGUUAGAUAUAUCAGAAUCUUUAAAAAAUAAUCAACUUUACUACCUUGAAUCUCCUAAUUUAUUCUCAGAAUAUUUAAAUUCAGAAAAAGAUUUACGUAAUGAAUAUAUCAAUAAUGAUGGUCCUAUCGCUGAGCUAAUUAAAUUAUCAAACAUACCAGAAAUUGAUAAAAAUAAAUUUGAAUUAUGA